AUGGACCGGACCUGUGCCGAGAACAAGGUCUUCCUCUAUUGGCAACGCGAUGUGACUCCUUACACGUCUGAUAUCACCGUGUACGUCUGGGAGCCACAUAAAUCUCUUCCAGUCCCGGAGUUUGCGAAAGUUGAGUAUUUUCCUGCCACGUCGGAUAACGGGCAGCCACGGCUUUUGAUUCGAUUUCGUUCAUGUCAUUCAACAGUCUUGUUCUCUACUUUGCGAGAUAAGAGUUAUGAAGCUUGUCGUGACGAGGACUGGGACCCCGAGAGGGAGGUACUAAUCAGCAUCCUCUGCGUUUUCUCUACAAUAAAGGAAGACACGACCCGCUUCGUAUUUGCAUGCCAUAGACAGCUUCAUAUAGUUCACAUGAUGAUCCGGCAAAGCCCAUCCUCAAGCAAGAUGAGCUAUCUGAAUCAUCUCGAAGAUUGCAUAAAUGCAAGCCACUGCGGAAUAGUCCAUGCUCAAGAAGUGCUCCAAGCACUGUCUGAGUGGAGCCAGACAGUUCAAAGCCAACUCUCAACCCAUGCCCAUGUGAGGGAUGAAUCAAAAGCCUUGACGCUAAUGGUGGCCUUGAAGAAAGACUUUGAGUACUUCAAAACGCAGCUAGAGCAAAUCAAGGAACGUGUCAAGGAAGAUAAAGAGCUUCUACGCUCUCGCUCGCAGUCGGUGCAGGAACUGCGGCUCUUUAGGCUGACAAUUUUGGCGGGGAUUUUCCUUCCUCUAUCCUUUACUACUAGUAUAUUUGGUAUGAAUAUUCAGAGUGACGUAUUGGAAGGUUUGCCUGGGUUAUCGCAAUGGACAAAGUCCUCACUCCAAGCAGUGUCACCAGAAUCGCGAACUACAACAGAGAUCCUAGCCUCGGUCACGAUAACCUCCCAGCCUCUCAGUUUCACAUGGAAGACAUUUGGAAUCACUGCAGCUUGUUUACUACUCACGCUUCCACUGUCACUAGCGAUGGGUGCAAUCCUACGCGGCCUGGUAGGAGGUGUCGCCGUCUCGGCUGAGUAUUGGCGUGCCUUGAUUUUGAUGAUUGCGCCCUUUUUCAUCUACCUCACGGUGUUUGGAAACCAGCUCAGUUUCGCAGCUUGGGUGCUUUCCAACACCAUUUUCGUCCUCCUCCAGGUGGGGAUGUUCAUCCGAGCUUGCAAGAAGCAAAAGCGUCGGAAAAUCUGGGUUGCUCUCAUCAUCGUGAGCGCAAUGAGUUAUGCAGUAAGUCCUCCAAUCGGCGGCGUCGGCAUAAUGUAUAUCCCAUGGGCUUUGAUCCUACUCGCCUUAUUGGUGUUUGGUUUAUCGGCCAUUCUACGGCAGCGACGAUUGAUGGGGAGACAGCCAAUAUCGGAGGAGCUGGAGAGUGGAGUAUAA